AGGAAAAUGAAGCCCAGCUUCUCCUUGUGUUUAUUGCUGGCUGGUUUGUACACUGUUGCCUGGUGUCAUCAGCAUCCUCGUUACCACAAUAAGCAGGAUGAUCCUAAAGGGACAUAUUAUGCAGGACGCAGUUCUCAUGGGGAAGAAGUUUAUCCAGUUAAGAACAAAACCUUUGUCAAACUAGUUCUCAGCAAUGCUGAAUUUGCAUUUUCAUUUUACAAGCUGGUCGCAUCCGAAGAAACUGAUCAAAAUAUUUUCUUUUCACCCAUAAGCAUCUCUGCUUCCUUUGCAAUGCUGGCACUCGGUGCCAAGUCGGCGACACUGACACAGAUUUUGGAAGGGCUUGCGUUUAACUUGAAAAAGAUUCAGGAUCAAGAAGUACAUGAAGGGUUUUGUCAACUCCUCCGCAUGCUGAACGGCUCAGACAGUGAUCUCCAGCUGAGCCUGGGCAAUGCCCUUUUUAUAGAAGACACACUAAAACCACUACAGAAGUUCUUGGAUGAUGUCAAAAGCUUUUAUGAAUCUGAAGUCUUUUCUACUGACUUUAACAACUCGUCUGGGGCUGAGAAUCAGAUCAACAGUUAUAUUGAGGAAAAGACAAAUGGGAAAAUUUUUAAACUAGUGGAAAACCUUGAUCCUCUCACUGCAAUGGUUCUUGUUAACUAUGUCUUCUUUAAAGCCCAUUGGGAGAAACCCUUCAGCACUUCCUAUACAAAACAGGAGGAUUUUUUUGUGGAUCAGAACACAUCUGUAAAAGUCGACAUGAUGUAUCGAAAGGGUUACUACAGAAAUUUCUUUGAUGAAGAGCUGUCCUGUUGGCUGGUUCAGAUACCUUACAGUGGAAAUGCUGCAGCAUUAUUUAUUUUGCCUGACAAAGGGAAGAUGAAGCAGGUGGAAGAUGCCCUCUUGAAAAGGACUGUGUCUAAAUGGGAAAAGCUCCUCCAAGACAGAAAAAUACAUCUGCACAUUCCAAAAUUUUCUAUUUCUGGUACCUAUGAUGUGAAAAGGAUAGUUAAACAAGUGGGUAUUAUUGACCUGUUCACUGAACAAGCUGAUCUGUCAGGGAUUACUGAGGAGCCUGGACUGAUGGUUUCAAAAGUGAUCCACAGAGCAGUGCUAAAUGUUCAUGAGAAUGGCACUGAAGCAGCAGGGACCACAGUGAAGGAGAUUACCUGGAGAUCUGGCGAUUUUCCUCAUCCACCUCGAGUCAGAUUCAACAGGCCCUUUCUCCUGAUGAUUCUGGAUAAAUACACUCGCACUGUCCUCUUCAUAGGGAAAAUUGUAAACCCUCUGAAAAUGACUGAUCAAAUGAAGGCCACCCUCCCGCUGUGCUUGCUGGUGUCCAUGCUCCACCUCACUGUCCAAAGCCUGACCCAGACUGACCACCACAAUGACGAGCCCAGUGAAACUGACUCCCAGGAGCAGCAUCCCCUUGAGGGAUAUCCUCUUGAGUCCUGCCAACGGAUAGUCCCCAGCAACACAGACUUUGCCUUCCAGUUUUACAAGCAAGCAACCAGCCAAGAACCUGACAAGAAUGUUUUCUUUUCCCCAGUCAGCAUCUCCACUGCCUUUGCCCUGCUGGCCCUGGGCUCCAGAGCCACCAGCCGGGCUCAGGUGCUGGAAGGGCUGGCAUUUAACCUCACGGACAUCCGGGAGGAGGAGAUACACGACAGCUUUCGACAUCUCCUCCUCUUGCUGAACGGUCCCGGCAGCCAGGUGGAGCUGAGCAUGGGCAAUACCAUAUUCAUGGACAAGAACCUGAACCCACUGAAAUCAUUUCUGAAGGACAUCAAAAAAAUAUACAAAGGAAAAGUUGUUUCUAGUAAUUUUCAGAAUUCCACUGAAGCUAAAAACCAGAUCAAUGAUCAUAUAAAGAACAAAACACAUGGGAAUAUAAACCAAAUACUUAAAGACCUCGAUCCAAGCACUCUAAUAGUAAUUGUUAACUACAUUUAUUUCAAAGCCUACUGGGAAAAUCCUUUCAAUAUUAAAGGGACUCACAAGGAGUAUUUCUAUGUGAAUGCAAAGACCUCAGUUGAAGUGAAGAUGAUGACUCGAGAUGGAUUUUACAAAACAUACUCUGACAGGAAGCUGUCUUGCGAGGUGGUGCAGAUUCCUUACAAAGGAGAUGUUGCUGCAUUUUUUAUCCUGCCCAAUGAAGGCAAAAUGAAACACUUGGAAGAUGCCCUGACAAAAGACACUCUGUCUAAAUGGGAAAAAACACUUAAAAGACGGAGGAUAGAAGUGUAUAUUCCAAAACUAUCGAUUUUGGGCACCUAUGACUUAAAGAAGAUGCUAAUGAAUCUGGGUGUAACUGACGUGUUUUCUGACCUAGCUGAUCUGUCUGGAAUCACAGAAAAGCCUGAUGUGAAGGUUCCAAAAGCUGCUCACAAGGCCCUGCUGAAGAUUCAUGAGAAUGGCACAGAGGCUGCAGCAGUCAGUGGCACAGAUUUUGUUCCUCAUUCUGUUCCUCCUGUUGUUAAAUUCAAUCGUCCAUUCUUGCUGUUGAUUGUUGAUCAAUAUACUCAGAGCAUCCUCUUCAUGGGAAAAAUUGUAAAACCAACUGAAAAAUGA